CCUCAUUUCGCUAGCUUUAGACGCCUGUGUGUUUACACUGUUUACAGCACAGUCUAAUAUGUUUACAUGAGUCUAAUGUGUUUUUCAGUAAGAAGAAACAAGAAUGGAAAUGUUGAAGACAGCAGUUGUGUUUUUCACGUGUAUGCAUGUUUUUACCGCUGAAUCGCACGCUAAUUUUGCGAGCUCUGGCCACACGAAUAAUUGGGCCGUGUUGGUUGAUACUUCAAGAUUCUGGUUCAAUUACAGACAUGUUGCCAAUGUUCUUUCUAUUUAUCGUAGUGUGAAGAGACUUGGAAUUCCUGAUAGUCAAAUCAUUUUGAUGGUAGCUGAUGACAUGGCCUGCAACCCGAGAAACCCUAGGCCUGCCACAGUUUUUAACAAUAUAAAUCAGAAUAUAAAUGUGUAUGGUGAUGAUGUAGAAGUUGACUAUAGAGGAUAUGAGGUGACAGUUGAAAAUUUCAUAAGGCUUCUGACAGGGCGCCUGCCCCCUGGUACUCCACGAUCAAAGCAACUUCUGACAGACGAAGGCAGCAAUAUACUUGUUUAUCUCACUGGGCAUGGAGGUGAUGGCUUUCUCAAAUUCCAGGAUUCUGAAGAGGUUACAAGUCAGGAACUUGCAGAUGCAUUGGAACAGAUGUGGCAGAAACGAAGAUAUAAUGAAAUCUUCUUCAUGAUUGACACCUGUCAGGCAGCCUCCAUGUAUGAAAAAUUUUAUUCACCAAACAUUCUCGCUGUAGCCAGCAGCUUAGUCGGAGAAGAUUCACUCUCGCAUCAUGCAGACCCUGCUAUAGGAGUGUACAUUAUUGAUCGGUAUACCUACUAUGCUCUAGAAUUCUUGGAGAAGAUGGAACCGGGCAGUUCAAAAACCAUGGCACAGUUUCUCGUUGUAUGUCCAAAAUCGAAAUGCAUCUCAACAGUUGGCAUUCGUAAGGACUUAUACAAAAGGGACACCAAUGAAGUGCCAAUAACAGAUUUCUUUGGUUCUGUAAGACCAGUUGAACUCACCUACUCGAAACUGAAUAUUUCAUUUGUUCCAGCAAAAAAUGAGACCCAAAGGAUAGAAAAAAUGCCAAAGAAGAAGUUCUAUUAUGCAGAACAGUUUCCAACCCAUAUAUUUGAUUCUUUGGAAAGUGUGUACUGAUGUCUCUCUUUUUUUUAAUUUCCAAUUUGUAACAAUUGAAGUAUUUAUUGUUAUUGCCAGUUAAAGCUUACAAAGAAAUCUAGUCCUUGCAAAUAAAUUUGUUUUUGGUUAUAAGUUAAUUUGUUAAUGAAAGAAAGCAGUGUGUAGAAAUGAACUUUGUCAGUAUGCAGGUACAUUUUCUGUUGUUGCCUGUGGGAGGACUAACAGUGAGUUUACUGCUUUUACAUGGUUUAGUGUAAAGGAAAUUUGAAAUUGCAGUCCAGUGACUCAAAAGAAUACUGUCUGUUUUUGUUCUAUUUAAAAGCUAUUUCUUAAAGCUGGUGAUAUUCUUAUUUCUUGUAAACAAAACAGUAAAAAGGUGUCAGAUCUUCAUUACGUGUGGACGUACAAAGUGUACAGAAACUGAUAUGAUAGUAAGUUCAUUCUGUGUUGUGAAAUGUGGAAAAUAUGAAAGCUGCAUUUCAGAUUGAGAGAUUCUACAUUUAGAAUAGGAUAGAAGUUUAUUGUCUCAUAACAAAAAAUUUCAAGUCAUUGACUUAAUAUACAGGAGACUCAUCAAAUCAAAAAACAAAAUUUGUUUGUAGUUUUUCUUAAAAUAUCAUUAAUACAAUAUACUGCACUGUAUACAUAAUUGACGCAAAUAGAUGAUUUUUUUUUUUU